CCUAUAUUGUUCUUGAAUAGAUGGCAGGUCAGCCGAAGCUAUUAGAAUCCGUUGUUGUCAUUUGAGACAUAUUUUGUAUUUCAAGAUCGAGAUAAAUCUAAGACUUGCUGAGCUUCUGAAAGGGGUGUCAACAAUAGAUUUAAAGGCUAGGAAAAACUGGAAUCGGUCUCAUUCAGCAAUUUCAAUUCAGUGGCAUGCCCGAAAGGAGAGCAACUAUGCCACCACCUUCGGAUAUUGUAAAAGUGGCCAUUGAAUGGCCUGGUGCUAAUGCUCAACUCAUUGAAAUAGACCAGAAAAAGCCUCUCUCCUCCAUUAUAAGAGAAGUUUGUGAGGGUUGGUCGCUAUCUGGUUCCGAGCAAUUUGCCCUCCGUUAUGCUGAUGGACCACAGCUUUAUAUUACUGAACAGAGUCGUGGAGAAAUCAAGAAUGGGACCAUACUACGAUUAGCCAUCUCUCCAACAAGAGCAGCUAGGCAGCUCCUGGACCGGAUCCAGUCCCAUGGUAUUGAUGCUCGCCUUGAAGCUUUGAAGGAGCUGGCUAAGCUCUCAGCUGACCCAACUUUUGCCACAGAAUUCAUUAACAUGGAGGGCAUUGGGACCCUGGCACGGCUGGUUGAAAGUGGCACACAUUUUGGAGAGAUGUUAGCCUUCACCCUCACAGCAUUUCUUGAGCUGAUGGACCAUGGCAUUGUUUCCUGGGACCUAAUCUCCUUGUCCUUUAUCAAACAGAUUGCAGGCUAUGUGAACCAGCCCAUGGUGGAUGUGUCCAUUCUGCAGCGCUCGCUGGCUAUUUUAGAGAGCAUGGUUCUGAACAGUCACAGCUUGUACCACCGGGUGGCCCAGGAGAUCACCGUGGGACAGCUCAUCGGACACCUGCAAGUGUCUAAUCAGGAAAUCCAAACCUAUGCCAUUGCCCUUAUAAAUGCUCUGUUCCUUAAAGCACCAGAAGACAGGCGGCAGGAGGAGCAUACUAACCCACUGGACCAGUGCCUUACUGAAAUGGCCACCACACUGGCACAGAAACAUCUUCGAUCCAUCAUCCUCAAUCAUGUAAUUCGUGGCAAUCGACCAAUCAAAGCUGAAAUGGCACACCAGCUAUAUGUGCUGCAAGUUUUAACCUUCAACCUCUUAGAAGAGCGCAUGAUGACUAAAAUGGAUCCCACUGAUCAAUCACAGAGAGACAUCGUCUUUGAGCUUCGCAGGAUUGCCUUUGAUGGGGAGAAUGAUCCUAUUGGCACAGAAAAGAGAAAGGCCAUGUAUACAAAGGACUACAAGAUGCUAGGCUUCAUUAACCAUGUUAAUCCUGCACUCGACUUCACUCAGACUCCUCCAGGAAUGCUGGCUCUAGAUAACAUGCUGUACCUGGCGAAACUGCACCAAGACACCUACAUCCGCAUUGUACUGGAAAACAGCAGUCGUGAAGACAAACAUGAGUGUCCAUUCGGUCGCUGUGCCAUUGAGCUGACCCGCAUGUUGUGUGAGAUUCUACAGGUUGGAGAACUUCCAAAUGAGGGUUGUAACGACUACCAUCCCAUGUUCUUUACACAUGACCGGGCCUGGGAAGAGUUCUUUUGUGUUUGCAUACAAUUACUAAAUAAGACCUGGAAAGAAAUGAGAGCUACCACAGAGGACUUCAACAAGGUCAUGCAGGUGGUGCGGGAGCAGAUCACCAGAGCUCUAGCUAUGAAACCUUCAUCUCUUGAGCAGCUAAAGAGCAAACUGCGCAGCCUCAAUUACUCUGAGAUCCUACGGUUGCGCCAGUCAGAGCGGAUGAGCCAGGAUGAUUUCCAGUCAGCACCAAUAAUAGAGCUCCGAGAACGUAUCCAGCCAGAGAUCCUGGAGCUGAUUAAACAGCAGAGACUGAACCGCCUAUGUGAAGGAAGCUGCUUUCGUAAACUGGGUAAUCGACGGAGACAAGAAAAGUUUUGGUUUUGCCGUCUAUCUUUGAACCAUAAGGUUCUGCACUAUGGUGACCUUGACGAAUCUCCACAGGGUGAGGUGCCCUUUGAGCUGCUCACAGACAAAAUUCCCGUGUCCGAUAUUAAAUCGGUGGUGACGGGUAAAGACUGUCCACAUAUGAAGGAGAAAAGUGCACUUAAACAGAACAAGGAGGUACUAGAAUUGGCAUUCUCCAUUCUCUAUGAUCCUGACGAGGCUCUUAACUUUGUGGCACCAAGUAAAUAUGAGUAUUGUAUCUGGACAGAUGGACUGUGUGCACUGUUGGGGAGGGAGAUGGGGAGUGACCUUACACGAAGCGACCUUGACACCCUGAUUAGUAUGGAGAUGAAGCUCCGCCUACUUGACCUUGAGAAUAUCACUAUUCCUGAGGCUCCCCCUCCUGUGCCCAAAGAGCCCAGCAGUUAUAACUUUACAUACAACUAUGGAUAAACAGUAUGCCUGUCUCCAUGUAUGUCAAUUGAUGAGAUUCUGAGUUACCCUGUGGUCCGAUGUGUGUGUGCGUGUGUGUGAGUAUGCAUGCUUAGUUUUAGACUGUAUGUGAGAGCAUGAGUGUGCGCUACCUGGAAGACAGAAAAGGGAAUUAUUCUAAACUUUUAAAUAUCUCAAAAGCAGACCUGUGUGAAAGAAAUGGGGAUUGCUGUAAACUUUUUCAAAUGUUUCCAAGUCUGAAAAGUAUUAGUGACUUCUACCAACUGAUGGAAGUAUGCAAACAUUUCAUUUCCCAUAUUGUUAAUUCUCAAAGACUUUUUCUAGACAUUACAAUAAAUCUUGCUAUAUGGCACCAUAUGAAAAUUAUGGGCAUUUGCUAGUAAUUCAUAUUUAUAUAUCCACUUCAGGAGGUGCUGACAUCAAUUUAUUUAGAAUUUUUGCAUUUAAGCAUAAAGAUGCACAACAAUAAUAGCCAGGCAUUCUUGUAUAGCUACAAGCAUGCCCACCCAUUUGGACACAGUCCAAUCAUCAUAAGGGUACCAAAUGUUGGCUAAAGGGUGAUAUUGAACUAACAUCAGUAUGGUGACGUAUAAUCAAUUACUGAAACCAAUGUGGCAUGACUAUUUUUGUGUGACUAUUUUUGCUUUGCUUUGCAAAAUUAAAAUGGUAAAUUGUUUAAUUAACAAAUUCAUUUUAACGUUUAUGUCUAUUGAAAAAUAGAAAGUUGUGGUCUGUCAGCAUAUCUAAUCUACUGAUGUUUGUUACUAAGAAUAGAGGUAUAUUUUUGUAAGUGAUGUGAUGUCUGACAGAUAUGACAGGAAACUAUAGGAUAUAUGCCUACCAGCCACUUUAUUAGUAACACCAACCUUGUACAUGAACUAACUGGCCACUUUAUACACUUAUUUUAAAGAUUAAUUUGAUAAGUUACAGACUAUAAGCCAUAUACUGGUGUACACAACUCAUCAACCACCCUCUCCCCCAUACGCCACAGGUCAGUUUCUUACCACAGGUCUGAGGCUGGGCAGAUAUUUGGGUUGUGGACCAUUCUCAACACAGCAUUAGCACUGACAUGGUAGUGGCAAAACUGUGGGUGUUAAGCUGGUACAAUAUAUCAAGCAGAGCAGUCUGGGUUUUUGAAUGCAUCAGGAUCAUUGCUGGGUUGUGAGCAGUCUGCCUCCAACCAUCCUAUGGUCAAAUAUUUAACACUGAAGAAGGGUUUAGAGGCCUGAUAUACCGUUUUGGCUCAUGGAAUUCAGAAGCCAGUCCAGGUUUAGUAGCACUGAACAAUUAUCCUAACUGAUUAGACUACUCACUCAAAGUCAGGGAAACAAGGAUUGAGUAUCAGAAGAUGCCUAACAAAGUUAAUGGGUAACAGAUGGUAAGAGACAGAUGAUAUUAAAACAUUUACAUACAAGAUAGGUGUUUCUAAUGAAGAGGCUGAUGACUGUAUUGUUGUGGAAACAAUUAAUAUAGAAAAUAAUAUGAUAAUUAAUAUAUAAAUGUAAAUAUAAAAUUAAAAGUAAAAGACCUUACCGAAGUAAAUACUAAAAGGUUUUAUGUCCAGUUUGAGUUGAGGUAUUACCUGUAGGUACAAACUGUUUGUCACAUGUAUAUUACAGACAUUACAUUAAAGAUGUAUAUUGAUUUAGGUUUCAUUUAUAAUGCCUAAUUCAAUAUUAGUAGUUUGGUAUUGUUUAAUCUGUAUUUUCCACAUCCAUCUUGAUCAGUUGCUCAUCUUGGGUUUAUUUGGGCAAAGUAUCUUUUUGUCUAAUUCUGUUAACUGCAGAGAAUAGUUUUUUAUCACUGAAGAAAUAGAGCAGAGCUGUAACUGCUAUAUCAUUGUCUCAGAUUCUUUUAACAAUUAUUGUAUUUAGGCUUGUAGUCAUAGUGAUUGACAUGUUAGUGGAGAUGUAAGAACAUUUGAAACUGAAGUGUGUGUGUG